UCUUACAUAAUCAUAUCAUAUUGAAUUUUAUUAUUUUCCCCUUGUAAAUGUAAUUUCUUUUUCAUUUGUGAACAGGUUAUUGUGAUGCCGCGAAAAAUAUUGUUAAUGGAUCAGUUCAAAUGAUUCAGUGGAGUGGCUGGGGUCAAGUGGGAUGAUUCGAUAGAUGGCAUGCAGGGGGAACAUCAAAUCAUGCAAAAAGGGAAAGACAGGAAGCAAUGUUAUCAAAAAAAAAAAAAAAAAGACAGGAAGCAGGAGAAAGGGAGGCACAAGAAGAAAAUCAAAUCGAAUGGACCCUGACGUUGCUCGUUGGUCGUUGGAGUUCCUUCUUCGGAACACAGCCACAGACACUACCCUAAUCAAGAAAAUCAUUUCUAGAAUCCCAGUUUCAGACACCGAUUCUCGCUUCAAGAAAACCCUUCUCCUGAGAACCCUUCAAGACAACUUGUCCACAGCCUCUAUUUCAGAAUCCAUGCUUGAAACUCUCGAGCUCCUCGAGGAACUCUAUCGUUGCGACGGCUCUCCAAUCAACGCUGCCAUGAACGCCGCCUAUUGCGCGGUUGCCGUGGAAUGUACCCUCAAGUACUUGGAACUGGACCCAGCCUACCUCAACGCUGUCGAGAGGAUAUGGCGGGGUAGGGUUCGUUACAUGGAGGCAUCGGCCUCAGGUGACGGAAGCCUUUUGUUCUCAGAGGAGUUGAAGAGGUGGAGAAGUGAGAUUGAGGCUUCGCUAUUGGACUCGGAAGUGAUGGAGAGGUUGGGCAGCAUGAAUACCAGAAGAGACGCCAUUCACAAGCUUAAGGUUUUUUUGGGCGAAGCAUGGGCAAAUAUGGGUCCUCCUUUUCUUGAGUUAGCAACGUGUUUGUGUUUGCCCCCAGAGCACAGAUUAACAGGGAAUUUGAGUUGCCAGAGGACUGGUGCUGCUUCUAUUGACACUCAGACGACCGAGUUUGAUGGACAUCAAGAGAAAGUGUCUCCAAUGGAAAUUCAGAAGGACAGUAAGCUGCUUAAAGGCAAGUGUACUGCUACUGGUGGUGCUGAGGAAGUGGAUCCAUCAACUAGUAUCAAAACUGUCUCUAUGCUGAGCCAUGAAGUCCAAAAGCAUGGGAAAUCCCAUGAAUGUAGUCCUUUGGAGUUGCAUAUGUCUGACAUUGUAAGAUCUGAAUUGGCAAUGAAAGACAUGAAUAAGGAGCCACCUAUUGAAAAUCAGAAUAGAGAUGCAGAUGUACCUGAUCCACAUGCUUGCCAGAGUAUUAAUGAAAGAGAUGCUAAGCUUAAUGAGACCACCUCUGUCUAUCGGAGUGAUGUUGAUCACCCAAGCUUGAUGGAACGAAAUAGUACGGCUCGUGUUUAUGAGUGGGAUGAUUCGAUAGAUGGCAUGCAGGGGGGAACAUCAAAUCAUGCAAGUAGAUUUAAUUUGCCUAGCCCAAAGAAGAAGAAUUUUUCUCCAUUGAAGAAGUAUGAACCAGCAAACAUUACAAAAAGGAGAAAACAAAAAAAGUGGAGUCAAUUGGAAGAGGAGACUCUAAGGACUGCGGUAAACAAUUUUGGCAGGGGAAACUGGAAAUUAAUCUUAAAUUCUCACAGAGAUAUAUUUGAAGAGAGAACUGAGGUUGAUUUGAAGGACAAGUGGAGAAACAUGACACGUUAUGGAGGCAAAUGAAUUGUUUAAAGAUGCAUACCUCUUGAAUACUUCAGAGAUAAAUAGAAACAUAAAAAGAAAAAAAGUGCAGUUAACUUGGUACACAUAAAGAGUCAUGAAGGGGGACUUGUUGGCAGCAAAUAGCAGUUGCUUGGGGGAAGGCAGGCCAUGUUUCAUUUCGUGAC